AUGAUGCUCCGACGAGGAUUUAUUCUAUUUCUCCCUCGACUUGUAGGCCUGCUGGUGGUGGCCUGUUGCUCAGUGUCUAUUGUUUAUAUGUUGGCUUGCACACCCAAGGGUGACAACCAGCAGCUUGCCUUGCCCAGGGUGCACAAUCUGAAUGUGAAAGAGGGAUAUGAAGCCAUUCUGCAAGAGCGAGAAGAGCAGCACCGCAACUACAUCAUCACCUUGAAGAAACAAAUUGCCCAGCUGAAGUCUGAGCUCCAGGGCAGGAGCGAGCUGCUUAAGAACAUGCAGGACCAAUACCCAGACCCCUUGGACAUUCGGCUUGACCACAGUAACCCGGAGAAGGCCCAGGCUAACCUGCUGGCUUUCCUCCGUUCCCAAAUAGACAGAGCAGAGGUGCACAGCGGCGUUAAGCUGUCCACGGAGUAUGCGGCUGUGCCCUUUGAGAGCUUUACCCUGCAGAAGGUGUACCAACUGGAGACAGGGCUGACGCGCCACCCAGAAGAGAAACCUGUAAGGAAGGACAAGCGAGAUGAGUUGAUAGAGGUGAUCGAGUUAGCUGUUGGGAGUUUGAACGAUCCAGAGGGGGACGGCAAUGCAAAACACCGUGUAUAUACAGCCUCCGACUUUGUUGAAGGGAUCUACCGAACAGAAAAAGACAAAGGCACUCUGUAUGAGCUGACUUUCAAAGGAGACGCAAAACAUCAGUUCAAGAAGAUUGUUUUAUUCCGGCCAUUUGGUCCUGUAAUGAAAGUGAAAAAUGAAAAUGUCAAUAUGGCUGACACACUUAUUAAUGUCAUUGUGCCAUUGGCCAAGAGAGCCAGCAAAUUUCGGCAAUUCAUGCAGAAUUUCAGGGAAAUGGGCAUGCAGGAUGGGAGAAUUCACCUCACUGUAGUUUACUUUGGAAAAGAACAAAUGAAUGAAGUCAAAUCGAUACUUGAAAAUACCUCCAAGUCAGCCAACUUCAAGAACUUCACCUUCAUCCAGCUGAAUGAAGAAUUUUCCAGGGGCAAAGGAUUAGAUGUUGGUGCUCGAUUUUGGAAAGGAAACAAUGUUGUUCUCUUUUUUUGCGAUGUGGAUAUAUACUUCACAGCUGAAUUCCUGAACUCCUGUAGAUUGAACACACAGCCAGGGAAGAAGGUGUUUUAUCCUGUUCUGUUCAGCCAGUAUAACCCCAGUAUAAUUUAUGGCCACCAUGAUUCCAUCCCAUCUUUGGAACAGCAGCUGAUUAUUAAAAAAGAAACUGGAUUUUGGAGAGACUUUGGUUUUGGGAUGACUUGCCAGUACAGAUCUGACUUUAUCAACAUAGGUGGCUUUGAUCUGGACAUUAAAGGCUGGGGUGGUGAAGAUGUACAUCUGUACCGCAAAUACCUUCACAGCAACCUCAUUGUGAUCCGAACGCCUGUCAGGGGUCUCUUCCAUCUGUGGCAUGAGAAGCAAUGUCUGGACGAGCUGACCCCAGAGCAGUACAAAAUGUGCAUGCAGUCCAAGGCCAUGAAUGAGGCUUCUCAUGGCCAGCUUGGGAUGCUUGUUUUCAAGCAAGAGAUUGAGACGCACCUGCAGAGACAGAAACUGAGCAGUAAGAAGACAUGA